AUGGAUACCCAACGGUUCCAUGUCAAAAUUAAUUUAAAACUAGAAGCGGUUACUUGUCCCGGCGUUUGGCUUUGCAGUCAUGGCUAUUUGGAGGUCACUAUCAAGGCUUUGGGUUAUUUUUUCCGCACUGGUGCUAUGGAAUCCUAUUUUCCCUUAUUGUGUCAUGAUCAUUUCAAAAUGGAGGGUUAUUUCAAAAAUGCCCAAUCUAUAGCCAAUCUUAUACAUAAUUUGUCUAAAGAAUCUUUGGAAAUAACUUUGUGGCAAAAUGGCAGAAGGCUGGCUUACUAUCAAGGCGUGUUAAUGGAUUUAAUACAGUACAUAGAACCGAAACUACAAUGCCCUCACACAAAUACCAGACAAAUGUUAAUGAAAACUACACCAGCAUUUCCGGGCAUUAUAGCGCCUAAAGUGGAAAUAACCACACAAUUUUAUAUCAAGGAUAAAAUUUUAAAUUUAAGCAAUAAUUCCGAAGAUUUAAGAAACUGCAACAAGUUUUUAAGGAAACCCCCAACAAAUGCCAAAUUAACGAAAGACAUAAAACCCAUACUAUAUCAAAGACCUUGUACUGUGCAAACUAAUAGAUCGGAAGAUUUGUUAAAUAACCAGCCCAGGAUACGUAAACAGAGAACAGUUUGUCAUACUAGAGCCAUUAAAGAGGCAACAAUAAAACCUUCAAAUGAAUCUGUUUAUACAAAAUCCACGGGACGUCGUGUUUCUAUAGCUUCAAGUUGUUCUUCCAAUAAUACCCAUACAUCUGUGGGCAUAUGUGAUUUAGAGCAUGAUGUGCAUCCGGAAACAUUUGAGGAUCAUAAUCAUGCAAAAUUUUGUGAAUUAUGUCGUUUGUACAAAGAGGUUUUUUUACAAUAA